CCUGGCGGCGGCGGCGCGGUGGGUCCGGCAUGAGCGAGGCGCGGCUGCGGCCCGGGCGCGGCCCCGGAGGGGCCCGAGACCCCCAGGACAAGGAGUCAGAGUCUGAGAACAGGCUGGAUGGAGAGACAGCGUCAGACAGCGAGAGCAAGUCUGAGUUCGGGGGAUCCUCCCCAGUGCCCACCUCAGAUGACACCCCAGAGGUGCUGAACAGGGCCCUCUCCAACCUGUCCUCGAGAUGGAAGAACUGGUGGGUGAGAGGGAUCCUGACGCUGGCCAUGAUCACCUUCUUCUUCAUCAUCAUCUACCUGGGCCCCAUGGUCCUGAUGACAAUAGUGAUGUGUGUGCAGAUCAAAUGCUUCCACGAGAUCAUCACCAUCGGCUACAACGUCUACCACUCCUACGACCUGCCCUGGUUCAGGACACUCAGCUGGUAUUUCCUGCUGUGUGUGAAUUAUUUCUUCUACGGGGAGACAGUGACCGAUUAUUUCUUCACGCUGGUGCAGAGGGAGGAGCCGCUGAGGAUCCUCAGCAAAUACCAUCGCUUCAUCUCCUUCGCCCUCUACCUCACAGGGUUCUGCAUGUUCGUGCUGAGCCUGGUGAAGAAGCAUUACCGCCUGCAGUUCUACAUGUUUGGCUGGACCCAUGUGACGUUGCUGAUCGUGGUCACCCAGUCCCACCUCAUCAUCCACAACCUGUUUGAAGGCAUGAUCUGGUUCAUCGUGCCCAUCUCCUGUGUGAUCUGCAACGACAUCAUGGCCUACAUGUUCGGCUUCUUCUUCGGCCGCACGCCGCUCAUCAAGCUCUCCCCAAAGAAGACCUGGGAGGGUUUUAUUGGAGGAUUUUUCUCCACUGUUCUCUUUGGGUUGCUGCUGUCCUACGUGAUGUCGGGGUACCGCUGCUUCACCUGCCCCGUGGAGUUCAACAACGACACCAACAGCUUCACCGUGGACUGCGAGCCCUCCGAGCUCUUCCAGCUGCAGGAGUACAACAUCCCCGGGCUGCUGCACUCCCUGCUGGGCUGGAGGACCGUGAGGAUGUACCCAUUCCAGAUCCACAGCAUCGCCCUGUCCACCUUCGCCUCCCUCAUCGGGCCCUUCGGAGGCUUCUUCGCCAGCGGCUUCAAGAGGGCCUUCAAAAUCAAGGACUUUGCCAACACCAUCCCAGGCCACGGGGGCAUCAUGGAUCGCUUCGACUGCCAGUACCUGAUGGCCACCUUUGUCAACGUCUACAUCGCCAGCUUCAUCAGGGGCCCCAACCCCAGCAAACUGAUCCAGCAGUUCCUGACCCUGAGGCCAGAGCAGCAGCUGCACAUCUUCAACACCCUCAAAGCUCACCUGGUGGACAGGGGAGUGCUGGCCAGCCUGGAGGACGCAUAGGCAGGAGCUUGGAGCAGGACUGAGAGCACCCAGGCCUCCUCCAGGGAGUUCCCUGGUUUAAGACAAUAACAAGGCCUCAUUUCACUGUAACUUUUUCUUCCUUUCUUGGUAAAUGUUUGCAUUUGUGGUUUAUUUUAUUUUUUUUUCUAAAUAAUAUAUUUAUAGAGCUUUGGUUCAAACGAGCAAAUGUGGGGUUUGUAGCUGAGGAGGAGGUGAGGGUGGGUGGAGCAGGAGUGUUCAAAGUGCUCUGAGCCUCCUGCUCAGGGGGCAGCUCUGGGACCCUCCUCGUGUGCUGGGGGUGCUGGGGAAUCGUCCCAGGGCAGAUUCCUGCCUGUGGGAGUCUCCUUGCACAGGGAGAGGAUCCUGUGUGAGCCCAUUCCCCCUGCAGCUGCUCUCACUGCUGCUCCUGCAGUGCCUCUCACAUUCCCUCCCUUCUGUCCUGGCAAAUCAGAUUUUUGUGGCCACUCCGAGCAGGAGCAGGCUGGGCACAGGGAGUGGCAGCUUCAGAUUCCCCCAGAACCCGUGGAAGCAAACGAGAUUUAAAGAGCAGUGAAGUUUCAUUGAGCAAUUCCUGCCAGGUGAGAACAACUUCUGAACACCUGGGUUUGUUUCCCCCAUUCAAUAACUUUUAGAAACCUUUAAUUCAAUAACCUUUAGAAACCUUUAAUUCAAUAACCUUUAGAAACCACACUUCUUCAUUUCUCCAAGCUUGGAAAGCCCACACUGGGGUGUUGAAGGAGCCUGGGAGCAGUGUCCAGGCAGUUUCCUUGCUGCAGCUGGGGGUUUUGUGUUCUUUCAGGGAUCAUGUCUGUUUGUUACUUGAGUUGUAGAAGUCGUGCUGCUGAGUUUACCAAGGUCUGUGUUGCAUUUCAGUCUGGGUUCAUUUCUCUGCAGGCUUCUGUCCUGCUUUGCUCACUGAAUCUUGUCAGAAGUAGUUUGUACUUUAUAGCUGCAGGUUUUAUGAAGUACCUUCCUUUAUUUUGUCAUACUUUUUUAUUAUUUAAAAACGAGAGAGCCCUAAAGAUUGUAAAACUUUCCUUUUAUUUUAUUUUUUUUUUUGUUACCAGAUAGUGAAAAUAUCCCCAUUUACCCCUCGUGCAAACACGAGGGGACUCUGAUUUUCCUUCUUUCCAUAGUUUGUGCAUGGGAGAGAGAAACUUUACCUUGUUUUAGCCCAGGGAACAAGUGACAGGGAGAGCUCAUGCAGAAAUAAAUACAUUGGAGUUUUCAAGCAGUUGCUGCCACAAACCUUCAGCCACACAUGAGCCCCUGCACCUGCUUGGCAUCAGCAGAGAACCAACCACCUGAAAAUGCCCCAGGUUCAGAGCUCUUCCCACACUGAGUGUGUGUGAAUACACAGCAGAGGUGCAGCCCCUCUCCUGCUCUCCUUGGGCUGGGCUCUGCUCCCUGGGCAGGUGUUGGAUGCAAAGCACAGGAGGCUCUGCUCAGUUGCUCAAUUUCUGCUGCCCUGGGCACUCCAGGACUGGCUUUGGUGUUCAUGCCCAUUUCUCCUGGUUGUGAUUUCUCCUGUGCUUGCUCCCUAGCAGCUGCAAUUAGGUUUUAUUUCUUUUCUGUCCAUGGAGCAGGUGUUGGUGCAGGCCCCUGACACAGAAACUGCAGAGGAUUACAGAGGUGCUCCCACCUUGCCCAGGGCAGUAUUUGGGCUGUGUUUAACGUGGGGCAGUGCCAGGGGGGCUGCAGCAGCUGGGGCUGCCUGGUGCUCCUGCCCUUUGCCCGAAUGCCCAGGCAGAGGUGCCAGUGUUGAUAAAUAUCCCCAAGCUGUGCUCUGUCCUUAGUGAGAAAUCCCCUGGUGGGUUUUUAGUCUCCUGCUCGUCUGCUUUAACCCUUUAGUUCCUCUCCUGCUGUGAGCAGCAGGGCAGAGCUUUGCUGGGGCAGGGCUGUCAGUGCUGCCUGUGGGCACUGGAGGGCAAAGCAGCUCCAGGGAGCAGCUGAGGGAGCAGCAGCAGCAGCUCUGCCUGGGCUGGCCUGCCAGGAGGGCCUGGUCAGAAAUGAAUUCUGUGAUGAGAAAUGGCCUGGUCAAAAGUGAAUUCUGUGAUGAGAAAUGGCCUGGUCAAAUGUGAAUUCUGUGAUGAGAAAUGGCCUGGUCAAAAGUGAAUUCUGUGACGAGAAAUGGCCUGGUCAAAAGUGAAUUCUGUGACGAGAAAUGGCCUGGUCAAAAGUGAAUUCUGUGAUGAGAAAUGGCCUGAUCAAAUGUGAAUUCUGUGAUGAAAAAUGUCCUGAUCAGAAAUGAAUUCUGUGAUGAGAAAUGGCCUGAUCAAAAGUGAAUUCUGUGAUGAGAAAUGGCCUGAUCAAAUGUGAAUUCUGUGACGAGAAAUGGCCUGAUCAAAUGUGAAUUCUGUGAUGAGAAAUGGCCUGAUCAAAUGUGAAUUCUGUGACGAAAAAUGGCCUGAUCAGAAAUUAAUUCCCUGAUCAGAAAACGUCCUGAUUAAAAAUGUCCUGAUCAGAAAUUAAUUCUGCAAUGAGAAAUGUCCUGAUCAGACAAUGCCCUGAUGAGAAAAUUCUCUGAUCAGAAAUUAAUUCCCUGAUCAGAAAAUGUCCUGAUUAGAAAAUUCUCUGAUUAGAAAAUUCUGACUAGAAAAUGCCCUGAUCAGACAUUCCUUGAUCAGAAAAUUCCCUCAUCAGACAAUUCCCUGAUCAGGCAAUACCCUGAUUAGAAAAUGCCCUGAUCAGACAUUCAGACAUUCCUUGAUCAGACAUUCCCUGAUCAGAAAUGCCCUGACCAGUUUUAUUCCUGCCCCUCCCUGCAAACCCGGGCUGCUCCUCAGGGGCAGAGCUGCCUGGGGAGGGUUUCCUGUAUGGGAAAAGUCCCUUAGGAGCCAUUGAAGGGUGGGAACAGUGGAGGCAGGGAUGGAGCUGGGGUCUGGGGCUGUCUGCAGGUCGUGCAGCUGAGCUCACAGGGCUGGGGGCUGAGUGGGACCCUGGGUUUGGGAUGGAGGGGGGAUUCAAUCUUGUCCCUCCUCCUUUGCCAUGGGCAGGGAACGUCCUGCAGGUGUGAGCUGGGAUGGAAUUUGGGAAGCAUGGAAGCUGCUGGCCUGGCCCUGGCUGUUGCUGCUGCCCAGGGAUGUGCAGGAGCCCACAGGGCCCUGGGGACGCUGAACUUGAGGAAUGUGGGGACAAAGUGACCCCAGGGGUGGGGUGUGCAGGGCUGGGGCUCAGCCUGGCACAGGAAAAGGUUCGGAGCAGGGAAGGUGCAAAGGUUCAGAGCAGGGCAGGGCAGGGCAGCUGCUGCCAGCUGGGAGGAGGGGACAGGAGCCCCUGCCGAGGUCCCAGGUGUGGAGCCACCAGCCAGGGAGGGGCAGUGCCCGUGGGGAUGGCACACUGGGCACCCCCAGGUGUUUACUGGGUUUGGACACGGGUUUGACCCAAGGCUGGGCCAGGCCUGGGGACAUCUGGGUGGGAAUUUUGCUUUUCCCUGCCUGGUUGUGGCCCAGGUGGGGCUGGCCCUGCUCAGGAAGGCAUCAGACCUGGGAUCAGCCUGGGUUAAACAGAGUUAGGAGGGUGAAAGAGAAUUCCCAGGGUUAAACAGGAUUCCCAGGGUGAAACAGAAUUACCAAGGUGAAACUGAGUUACCAGGGUGAAACAGGAUUCCCAGGGUAAACAGAAUUCCUGGAGUUGAACAGAAUUCCUGGAGCUGAACAGAAUUCCUGGAGCUGAACAGGAUUCCCUGGGUUAAACAGAAUUCCCAGGGUCCAGCAGUGCCCCUGAGCUGAGGAGCAUCUCUCGAGUGGAGCUGAGAUCCUGCAGCAUUCCCCAGAGCUGGGCUGUGCCAUCCCAGUGUCCCCUCCAGGGAGUGUCCCCUCCAUGGAAUGUCCCCUCCAGGGAGUGUCCCCUCCAGGGAGUGUCCCCUGUGUCCCCUGUGUGCAGGCAGUGCCCAGGCCCGGCUGGGGGCCCUGCCCUGUCCCCCUGCCCUGGCUGGGUGCUGGUGGCCCCUCCUGGGGACAGCUCUGUCCCCAAGGCCCCGUGGCAGCCCCGGUGGCAGCUCUGUGCUCCUGUGCAGCCCCUGCUCUCCAGCCCUGGCUGUUCUUUCUCUGUGCUUUGGUUUUGGUUCCAGUUCUAGCUGCACACGUAGAGUUGCCUUCCUUUGACCGAAUGUUCGAAUGUGAAAUAUUGUAUAUUUUAAAGUAUUUACCCUAUUUAUAUACUGUAUGUUACUGUUAAAUAAAUAUAAAUUCCAUUA